UAAAUCAUAAUUUACCAAAAAAGAAUGUGUAUUUUUUUUUUGUUUUUUCUUUCUUUUUUUUUUUUUUUUUCAAAAUAGUCUACUUUUAUAUGUAGUCUACAACUUACAGUCGUUUUGUAUUCAACCUUUUACAUUGUAAUGUCAUAUCCAAAUUAAAAUCUGAAUGUAUCAAUAAAUUACAAUAUUAUGAAAAUGUUGUGCUUUUAUUGUUCAUUAUCAAAAUAAUUUGUAAUAUUUAAUUAAAUACGUGUGAAGGCUCAUAUAUCAUAUUAUACCUCAGACUUUAGACCUUAUUUAGAAAUUUGACUACUUAAUAAAACAUGUAGCUAUAAGUAAUUAAGUGCUAUGGCAACGAGCUUCCAAACAUUGAAGUUCGUGUAGUUAUAUGAAACACAAGUAUGCAUAAGUAUGCGACCACUAAAGAUAAUUGUUAUUGGACCUGUUAGGAGUGGUAAAACAAUGAUAGCUAAUUUUCUUGCUGAUGCGACGGAAAUACCCUACGAUUAUUAUCCAACUCAAGGAGUUCGAAUAUUGGAAUUUGAAGUAAAUGAUAUAAAUGUGGAUAACAAAUAUAUUACGAAAGAUAUUGAAUUAUGGGAUUGCAGUGGAGAUCCUAAAUUUGAAAAUUGUUGGCCAGCUAUAAGGAAAGAUUUACAUGGAGUUAUAUUUGUGUAUAGCGAAAAAUCAAACGAUUGUUUAAAAGUAAUACAACAAUUAUAUGAUUAUUUUAUUGAUCAAAUAAAAUUAGGUCCAGAUCGUUGUGUAAUAUUUUGUUAUGACCCUGAGAAAAAAAAUCCUGAAAUAUCAAAAAUUAUUUCAUCAACAUUUGUGAAAGUGUCCCAUGUAAAAUGUAAUAUCGAAAGUGGUGGAAGCAAACUAAAAGCUGAUUUUUCUUCAUUCAUAAGUACAAUACUUGGUAAAAUGCACAAUUACAACGAACAAGAAGAUAAAAAUAUUUUAAGUAAUAAUAUAUUAUUUGCAAGGUAAUAUAAUACAAUGUUAUAUUAUUAUACAAUAGUAUAACACAUUUUACAUGUAGGAUGAAUAAAUAACAGUUGUCAUAUGAAAUAUAUUUAUUAAUUUUAUAAAAGUAUUUCAUAUGAAAUAUAAAUGUAUAUAUGUUGUAAUGUAUUUUAUGCAUUGCCAAUAAAUUAAAUAGUUUAGAAACAUGAUGUAAAAAAAUAUAAUUCUACCCUUCAAAAAUUGUCUUUUAUUCUUUCUUAAAUAUUAAAUGUGUAUUCAUUAUUUUAAGAUUGAAGUUAUUAAAAGUAUAUUUACUUAGUAGAAUGUAAUUUGUACUUAAUACACAGGUUAUUAAAAAUAAACACUAUUAUAUACAAAAUGCGAAUAAGAAUUCUACCUGAAAAACUA